AGGAGAGGUACGCCACUCUGGAAAGUUCCUUGCCCGUGUCUCCAGACUCACACCACCACCUCCACCACCACCACGGCCCCUCUCGUGCCCCUCCUAUCCCCUCCGAGCACGGGGUGCGUGAGCUCCGGACAGCUGUCGAGCAUGACCUCCCUCCUCCUCCUCCCCCUCCUCCUCCUCGUCGUCGUCGGCGGCUUCGUGAUGAACUCCUCGUCGGCGUGCGCCUCGAAGUCGCCGGCCGCGCGGACGCCGUGGGACGAGGAGGUGCUGGUGGAGGCGGCGAAGAGGCACAUCCUGAGCACCCUGAAUCUCAAGGAGAGGCCCCGCUCCUUCGGGGACUCCUUCGCCACGGGGGGCCUCUCGGGGGGUCCCAGGGCCCCGCUGCCGCGGAUCGCGCUCCGAGCGGUGAUGGAGGAGGCGGAGAGGAGCGCGCGGCGUCGGAGAGACGAGGAGGAGGAGGUGGUGCGGCUCGUGCGGUUUGCACAGAGAGACGCCACGGGCCACAUUCUGCUGUUCUCUCUGCCACUCGAGGAAGGGCUGGACGUGAGCAGGGCGCGUCUGUGGCUCCACGUGGCGGCGGCCGCGGCGGACGUCCAUGGCCUCGGCCACUGCACCGUCACCAUCUCGUCCCCACCAGUCACCUCCGGUGGCGCUGGCGGCGCUGGCGGUGUCAACGGCAGCGGGGAGGCUACGGGGCGCACACCCUGGAAGGUCCGGCCAGCCCACGGGGCGAGGUCCGCGCAGAACACGUCGCGAGAUCCGGGGCAGCAGCAGCGGCAGCGGCGUCGAAAGCGAGCUGAUGCAGGGCAGCGGCUCGCGGGGCGAGGCGCGACAGGGCGGCACGGCGAACAGAACGCCGGGGGGCAGCAGCAGCAGCAGCAGGAGCAGGAGGAGCCAUUUCAGGACCUUGGCCAGCGACCCUUCCUGGUGAUGCGCGGAUCUCGCGGUGACUCAGCCGCCUCCUCCCCCUCCUCCUCGUCCUCGUGGUCGUCCAGUCGAGUCCGUCGCCACGACGGCGGCGACUCGGACUGCGAGGCCAGCGAGGGGCGCUGCUGCCUGCAGCGCUUCUACGUGGACUUCAAGAAGAUCGGCUGGCACGACUGGAUCCUCGUGCCCGACGGCUACUUCGCCAACUUCUGCCGCGGCGCGUGCCCGCCGCACACCGCGGGCACCCCGGGCACGGCCGCGUCGUUCCACAGCGUCCUCGUCAACCAGUACCGCCUCAGGGGCUUGCUGCCCGCGAACUCGCAGCCCGCCUGCUGCGUUCCCACGCGUCUCGGCGCCAUGUCGCUGCUCUACUACGACGACGGCGAGCACGUGGUGAAGAGGAACGUGCCCGACACGGUGGCGGAGGCGUGCGGGUGUGCCUAG